AUAUUCUUUGUUGGCCUGCUGCCCUGCCCUUUAACCCGAACGGUCGAACCCGUCUCUUGUUCUCGUCGUCUCGUAGCUCCAGUUGGACUAGGAGGAGAGGAGAAGAAUACUGAGAGAGAGAAGACCCGAGGAGGAAACGGAAAGACCAAAACCAGCAGUUGACACGUUACGCUCCGCCGCGCUGCCGCCUGGCUACGGCGUUUCAUUUCUUCCGCCACCUGGUCUUCGUCGUCGUGUUGCUCCUCCACGGAGGAAAUUCUAAAAGGUUCAAAUCAUGACGGGGAUGAUGGAAUGAGAAUUCCGUCCAUCCGACGCUACCUCCGCUUCUCUUUCAUCCGUUCAUCGUUACUGGUUUCUUAUCCGAUCCUGAUCCCAUCAAAACCCUAGCUUAGCUGCUCUCGAUUUCGUUGUUUCUAUUCCUGACGAUUGGAGAAUAGAUAGUUGGAGAAAGGGGAAUUUGCUGCCCCGAUUCAAUUCGAGCGAGUUGAGAAAGAGAGAGUGAUCUCAACGAUCAUUCUCGAUUUCUCGAAGUUUGCCUGGUGCAACUGAGAGGAGGCCGUGUGAAGAGGAGAAGUAAUGAUGCAGAGACGGAGUCCUCCGAAGCACAGGCACGAUGGGACUUCGCCUUUGCCCUUGGGGAUGGAUUGGAGCCCUCCUCCUCGAAAAUUGGUGAUGUUGGUCCCACGAGUGGACGAGACACGGUUUGGCCACAUGAUCCUAGAACAGGGUGGAGUUACUGUGUCACUAUUCCUUCAUGGGUUGUCCUUGCGAAGUCCAGAGAUUCAGAUCCUGUAGUGAUGGGGCAGUUUUACAGGGUUCAGGUUGGUUUGCAAUCACCUGAAGGGGUAACAGUUACACGUGGAGUACUGAGAAGAUUUAAUGAUUUUCUGAGGUUAUUUGCAGAUGUAAGUUCACAGCUUUCUAUAAUAGGCAUUUCCCAAGAAGAGUCUUCCACCAGCCCCACCCAAGGGACUACUGCGUAUGAAAAGCAGAGCAUUGUUAGAAGAGUCUUAGUCGUGUCACAGAGGAGAUGCUCUUUGGAGGAAUGGUUGACAAAGCUACUAUCUGAUAUUGAUUUAUCUAGAAGCAUAGCAGCUGCGUCCUUUCUUGAACUAGAAGUGGCUGCAAGGUCUGCAUUUCAGGAUGCUUAUCAAGAGUCUUCAGAAACAGCCCUAACUGAUGAUGCUACGCCUACUUCAUCUCAGAUACUUCCUAAUUCGAGCUUGUCUGCUCUCACUGCUACCUCGUCAGUUGCUUCCGAUUAUGGAAGUGAUACUGCCUAUGAAGCAUCUGAGAUUGGAACUCCAAGGUUAGGGAAGGAUGAAAGUUCUGAAAUCGGGAUGGAAGAUCUAGCAUUGGAUGAAGAUCUCGCAAAUCCAAUAGAAAAGCUAGUGAAGUAUGGCAUGUCCAACAUUGAUGAAGGAUUUUUGAUGGGGCAUACUAUCCUAGAUCAGCUUGAAGGGUUUCCUAGGCAUAAACCUCACACCAGACAUGCAAACAAUGUGUUGGGGAAUUCCAUGUACAAUGGCAAUGCCUCUAAAGUUCAAACCCUAGUUGGCAAUGGGGUGGAUCUUUUCUCUGAGCCAGAGCAUUGUAGGGCGGCACUUGGCCAUGCUAGGAAGUUGUCUAGUGAGAGUUUUGGAAGUGAUGGAAGCUCUUUGAGAAGCAGUGAAAAUGCCGGUAUAUCAAAUUCAAUCACUGCUGAUGUAUCUCUUGACAUUGCAAGAGGAGCUGAGGUUUCCAGUUCUUCUGGAAUCCUUAGCAAGAUUGAGUCGCAGCUUUCAGGCAAUACACAAAUAAUUAUUCCAUUUGAUCAGCGUCAUAAAAUGAGCAGAGUUCUAACGGCCCUGCAACGAAGGCUAGGCACAGUGAAAACCGACAUGGAGGACCUGAUAUCAAGGUUAAAUCAAGAAAGAGCCAUUAAAGAUUAUCUCGCUAAGAAGGUGAAGGACCUAGAGGUUGAACUCGAAACCUCCAAACAGAAAAAUAAGGAAAACUUGCAGCAGGCUAUUUUAGUUGAAAGAGAGAGGCUAACACAAAUGCAAUGGGAUAUGGAAGAACUCAGGCGUAAAGCCUUUGAAAUGGAGCUAAAACUAAAGGCUAAAGAGGAUGAAAAGUCAAGCAUGAGUUUAGAGGAUGGACCUACAAAUCAGCAGAAGGACGCGGCACUGGAAGAGUUGGACAUUACCAAAAAGAAGCUUGAGGACCUGACGAAGCAAUACGAAGUAUUGGAAGUAAAGUCAAAGGCAGAAUUAAAGUUUCUUGCUAAAGAGUUCAAAUCCCUUCAAAGUUCUCAGAAGCAGUUGAAGGAGGAGCGUGAUCGAGCAAUGAAUGAGAAAUCCGAUAUUGAGAAACACCUUGAACGUGAGAGAGAGAUUGGGGAAGAUGAGAAAGACCUCCAGAAAAGGCUCCUGCACGAUUGCAGGACUGUAUGGAGUCGACUUCAAGAAUGCAACCUCAAUCUAUCCACUGAAGAUGAUGAUAACAAUUUUGUGCCGAACUCCUCAUCUGAAGACAUGUUCGACUUGUUGAAAACAUUUGAUGACCGGAUUAGCCUUCUUCUUGCGGAGGCACAACUAUUAGCUGAUGAUGGUGGUGCUGAUCGCAACGUGAAGACGACAUCGAACAUUGAAUUAAGUACACUGUUGGUAGACAUACUAGCUGAUAAUGCGAAGCUGCGGAAACAGGUAUACUCUGUUACUCGUCGAGCUCUCCGAAAUGGCACGAUUUCAAGGGAGCCCCCACUGAACAUAUCAAAUGUAGAUAGAUGAACCGUACAGAAUUACGUUCUCUCUUCUUUUUUCGUGUUUUAGCUUUCCCGUUUCUCUUCUAUUUUUAUCAAUUUUAAUGUCACAUGUUGGCCUGUGAUAAAGAAGUUGAUCUGCACUGAACCGCAGCUCAACUAUUUGUAACCUUGUGGAGCUUCACUAUCCACUUAUACGAAGAAAGUCAACUAGGGAGAGAGAGAACAUUGCCAUCGAUGUUUCAUACCCGCCAUCUUUGUACUCAAGCCGAACAUUUUGAGAAGCAUGAAUGACCAUUCUCAUAAUCCCUUGCCCUUGGAUUGUAAGUUUUGUUGUAGGAAAUUUCUGUAUUUCGCAAUGUUCGGUCAGGAUUUGAAUCCGAGACCUUGAGGUUGAUGCCAACGGUUUUCUUAUUUGAGUAGUCGCUCUGUGAUGCAAGUUACUUGGAUAAAUGUCAUAUUAUAUGAACUCAGCCGCAUGCUAAAUUUCUUUGCCCUAAAUAAACAAGCAAAAAGAAAUGCACA